AUGCCGUUCAACGAUUACGAUGCAGACGCCACAGAACUGGUAGAAACCUACGGGGAAGCUGGAACGGGCAAAUCAUGUCUUCUCCACCACUUUACACACAAUUCAUUUAAGGACCAUUCCCAACAUACUAUCGGCGUCGAAUUCUCCAGUCGGACUGUCAAGUUAGGAGAGAAACGCAUUAAGCUUCAGGUCGGCCAGUGGUUCGAUUCUGAGUUAGCAGCGGCAGCUGAUCCCGAUUAUGAUAGCUAUGGGAUACAGCAGGUCAGGAGCGAUUUCGUGACGAGGAGUUACUAUCGAGGAGCCGCUGGUGCCAUCCUGGUGUAUGAUAUCACCAAUCGCAACUCCUUCAUCAACCUUUCGAGGUGGUUGGCGGACGCGCGAGCCCUCGCCAGUCCACACCUUGUUGUCGUAUUGGUCGGGAACAAGUCAGAUAGGGAGGAAGAUCGGGAAGUCGAAUGGUCGGAGGCGAGUCGGUGGGCUGCGGAGAAUGAGGCAUCAUCAUUGACCGGCGAGAACGUCGAAGCCCCUUUCCUAUUGGCCGCAAGAGCCAUCCUUCUCGCAAUCGAAUCCGGUUCACUGGACCCAGAGAAGCCGGGGAGUGGUGUGAGCUAUGGAGAUCGGGCGCUCCGGCGUGUCAAUAGCUCGAGUCGCCUUAGCUUCGGAAGUCUGAGUGCAAGCAGGAGACGAGGCAACAUCAAACUGAGGAGUUGGGACCCCAGGUCCAAAUGCUGCUAG